UAUUUUUUAAAAACAAAUCCUAACUGUAAUGUAGUUACAGCCUCGGAGGGAAGCUCUAAGCCCUGGGUCAGCGUCCCAGAAUCUAAGCUCCGAGAAGAAAGGAAAAAGGAAACCUAACCAGGCAUCUGCCAGGAAUAUGAAAGCAAAAUCUCCGAGGCAGGAGAAACCCCCCAAAGGAGGAGAAGACUGCAGCCUGCAGUAAUCUGUGAAUGAUUGCUGGUAAAGGCUGGAGGCUUCAGGCUUGAUCUGUGUUUGUUCCCACAGAAAGCCAAGGAGGACGGUGUUAAUAAAGAGAGAUUUAACUGAGAGCUGUGCUUGGAAUAAAGUGGGCUACAAAAAGGUCAAAUUUGAUCAGUUGGAGCAGAUUACAGGGGCUUUAAAAGGUGGCGUGGAGAACUCGAGCGGGGCUGGGAAGUAAUAUAACGCAAGAUUGAUUUGGGGGGUGGAGAGAAGCCAGGACGAGCGCUUAUCAGUCCUGGAAGGAGGAAGAACCGCCUGGGCUCGGAGCGCUCCAGCCCCAGCCCAGAAGCCACCGCCCGUCCCCCCACUCCUCCGGGCCCUCCGCUCCAGAUUCGCCUUCGGCAGCUCCUAGACAAUGGUUUCCCUAAUCUCUGACUUGGACCCCCUGAGAGACUGGAAAGUUUUAAGAGAGACUGCCUCAGAGUUAGCUGGGAGUCCACCAAGUAACGGCACAGCCAACAAGAUGAACGGAGCUUUGGAUCACUCAGACCAACCAGACCCAGAUGCCAUUAAGAUGUUUGUCGGACAGAUCCCCCGGUCAUGGUCGGAAAAGGAGCUGAAAGAACUUUUUGAGCCUUAUGGAGCCGUCUACCAGAUCAACGUCCUCCGGGACCGAAGUCAGAACCCUCCCCAGAGUAAAGGUUGUUGUUUCGUAACAUUUUAUACAAGAAAAGCUGCACUUGAAGCCCAGAAUGCACUGCACAAUAUUAAAACUUUACCUGGGAUGCAUCAUCCCAUUCAGAUGAAACCUGCAGAUAGUGAAAAGUCAAAUGCUGUGGAAGACAGAAAACUGUUCAUAGGAAUGGUUUCAAAGAAAUGUAAUGAGAAUGAUAUCAGAGUGAUGUUUUCUCCAUUUGGCCAGAUAGAAGAAUGCCGGAUUCUCCGAGGACCUGACGGGCUGAGUCGAGGCUGUGCGUUUGUCACAUUUUCUACAAGGGCAAUGGCACAGAAUGCAAUCAAAGCCAUGCAUCAGUCUCAGACCAUGGAGGGCUGCUCUUCACCUAUCGUGGUGAAGUUUGCCGAUACUCAGAAGGACAAAGAGCAAAGGCGCCUCCAACAGCAGCUUGCACAGCAGAUGCAACAGCUCAACACUGCCACCUGGGGGAACCUGACGGGGCUGGGUGGUCUGACCCCACAGUACCUGGCGCUUCUGCAGCAGGCCACUUCCUCCAGCAACCUGGGUGCAUUCAGUGGCAUUCAGCAAAUGGCUGGCAUGAAUGCUUUACAAUUACAGAAUCUGGCAACACUGGCUGCUGCUGCAGCUGCAGCCCAGACCUCAGCCACCAGCACCAAUGCAAACCCUCUCUCCACCACAAGCAGCGCCCUGGGAGCCCUCACGAGUCCCGUGGCUGCUUCAACCCCCAACUCCACUGCUGGUGCAGCCAUGAAUUCCUUGACCUCUCUUGGGACUCUGCAAGGACUGGCUGGAGCCACUGUUGGACUGAAUAAUAUUAAUGCACUAGCAGGUACCAUAAACAUUGCUCAAAUGCUCUCAGGUAUGGCGGCUCUGAAUGGAGGACUUGGCGCCACAGGCUUGACGAAUGGCACAGCUGGCACCAUGGACGCCCUCACCCAGGCCUACUCAGGAAUUCAGCAGUACGCAGCAGCUGCUCUGCCCACUCUGUACAGCCAGAGCCUGCUGCAACAGCAGAGCGCUGCGGGCAGCCAAAAGGAAGGUCCAGAGGGGGCAAACCUCUUUAUUUACCACCUUCCACAGGAGUUUGGAGACCAGGACAUUCUGCAGAUGUUCAUGCCUUUUGGAAAUGUUAUUUCUGCUAAAGUCUUCAUUGACAAACAGACCAAUCUGAGCAAGUGCUUUGGUUUUGUUAGCUAUGACAAUCCAGUUUCUGCACAAGCUGCAAUCCAAGCUAUGAAUGGUUUUCAGAUCGGCAUGAAACGCUUGAAGGUGCAGCUGAAACGCUCCAAAAAUGACAGCAAACCUUACUGAUCCUAACCCCAGCGGCUCCCUGCUCUUAUUUUAGCUUUCUUAGGGUAAGUCCCACAAGCCAGCCUGUUCUCAACAGGGAAGGCAGAGGAGGACCACAUUGCCAACUUUUACCAAGAGAGACGAUUAUUUUUACAAUAAGGCCUCCAUUUCCCCAUCCAUCCCCCAGUUUGCCAUAAAACUUGGGCUACCUUAUUUCUAUUGCGUAAAUUCCUCCUCCAGUUGUGCCACUGUAUUCUCCUUUGUUUUGCAAUUUGAAUCUCCUUUUACCUUUUUUUAAAAUUUUUUUUUUGUUUUUGCUUUUUUAAAGAAAAACAUACACACAAAUAAAUGACAUCUUGAGAAUUUAAAAGGCAAACAAAAGCUAAUGUGCAAUUCUAACUCUGAAACCACUGGUGCCCCAAGAGCACUGCCUGGAGAAUUCACCCCUCUUUGUCCGCGCCACCUGCCCCUUCGGAGGGCCCCCAGCGGCAUUUAGAGUAACGUGGUGGCCUAGCAGAGGGAGAAGCCAGGAGAAGCACUUAAAACAACACAAAACGUCUUUCCACUACAUCGGUUUAAGAAGUAGGAUUUUAUUUUAGGGUUCAAAGAAACAUGACACUUACUGGUCAUAUUAUUACACUGGUUGUCUAUUUUGUUAUUGUUUUAUUUUUGUUUUUAGAAAGGAUUAAUGUAAAAAAGAUUUAGAGAUCUGUUUCUUAAAGCUACAGGGUUUAAAAAUAAAAUAAAAAUGAGUGAAAAUACUUGAUGUUUCUUGAAAGAUAAAUUUAAUAAUAAUAAAUACAUAAAUAAUACAUAAAUAAAAAAGAAAGCCACAGGCCUGUAAAUUUUAUUUGUAAAAAAAGCAUUUCUAUUUUUAUACAAAAUUUUUACUGCCUCAGAAAUAAUGGAAGUUAUUUAUUGCCUAUUGUUAACUUAUUGGAUACCUAAAGAGCAGUUCUCUGUCUAGCUAGAACCUUCUGAAGUAGUCUCUAGAGGAAUUGUUCUAGGAAUGGGCUUUUUUUCACCGUUGAACCCUAGACCUAAAGUUCAUGCUUUAUCCUCUCGUUGUUUGUAUCUGUCUGGUUAUUUUGUUCGUAAUUUUCAUUAUCUAGUUUACAGUUCAGUCGUCUGACUUCCCCAUAUGUCACCUUUGUUCAAACUGGACCUUCUCCCACGUCCCUUGCCAGUCCCAUACCCCAAAACACCCAGAAUCCAUCCCCUCUCACUCUCUCCAGAUGGAUUCUCUUGGGGUUUCAUUGUGCUGUGGAAAAAGAGUGUAAGAAAUGCAAAUUAUGUGAAUGGCUCGUAGACUCCCUAAAGACCUAAGAUUUGCAUUAGUUUUUCUCCUGCACCCUUAAAAGUGAUUUUGUUGCUGCUGCAUAGAUUCUGUGUAACUUUUUACUCUUCCUUGUUUUUUCCCUAGACAUCUUCAUGCCCGUUAGUUCAUCGUUUGCCUAGCAUGUCCCUGUGGCGUCUCAAAAAAAAAAAAAGUUUCAUCGUCCCGUCAUUGUUUCUGAUGUCUUUCUGACCUCACAUCAUAUUUGGUUCUCCUACUGACCUUUGAUCUAGUUUGACCUUUGAAAUUUGCAUGUGACCUCAUCUAGCUAUGAAUUCUGGGAAGUCAAUGUAAAAAACAUUGCUGCAUUCAUGCAAGACUGAAAUUAGACAAAUUAAUUAUAGGAAAAAAAACCUGUGGCAAAAAUGUUUCCUUUUUUUUCUUUUCUUCUUCUUCUUUUUUUUUUUUUUUUUUUUUUUUUCUUUUCACAAAACAGACUUGAAAGUAUUAUACAGGGAUUGGCAUUCUUCCCGGUCACUGGUAACAAUAGCAAUAUGUGUCCAGGGACACAGAAUGUUGGUUUCUAACAGACUACUUCCAAAAACAGUUUGAGAAAAAAAACUGUCUGAUUUUAAGUCUCUAGAGGUCUGUAGUUUUUACAUUUUUCAGGCAGUGUAAAGUUUUUUGAUAAGGCCAUUUUAGGUGGCUCACUUUCUCAUUAAGAUAUAUAUAUAGAACCACUUUUUGUAGAUUAGUAUAAGAAAAAUAUUUACCCUGUUUUGGGGCAAAUGCUACCUAUUUGUGUCACCUUUUGCUGAACUGACUCACAGUUAGACAAUCCAUGGUUUAAUGCACAUGAAAUUACCUAUAUUUUAUACUGUUUCAAUGUACAGGAGAAAGGUUACUGUAAACUGUGUUAUGUUGGUGCUUCCGUGAAUUAAGUUGUGGUUUCAUCAUGAGUCUUAUGGUCUUAAUGUUCUUUGUUGAUAAGACAAGCUUAGAAUUGGUUUACUUAAAACAAAAAAAGAAUUUCAAAAAAAAGUUGUUUGCUUAAAAAAUUUCACGUGAGGAAAAAAAAAAACCUAUUCCAGAAUAAGUUUUGUGUUGGCUUGUGAAGCAUUGAUGUCAUUUUUUUCUUUUAUUGUGGACUAUUUAGACGUGUUUGUGUUCAGCAAAAUGUGAUCUUUUUUUUUUUCUUUUAAAGAAAAAAAGUGAAAAUAUAUAGUGCCAAAUUCCAAAGGUACUUCCUUCCUAGAGCUUCAGUGUGUUUCUUGUGAGAAGUAAUUUGAUAACAUGGGUAUUUUAUUAUGUGUUUUGUAUAAAUCCCUAAUAUUUAAAAAAAAAAAGGUUAAAAAGUUUGUUAACUUGCUAUUCUGUGGUCUUGUUGCCUGAAAUUGUUAUUGUUUGUUAUUUCUCUAUGAUGUUUUUUGUAAGACAUUGUAUAAGUGCCCAUGUCUCACUUUUUUAACCACUCUGCCCAUCAAUGCUGUGAAGGCAACCUCACAAUGUAUUUUCUUCAUAAUAUAUGGAAACCUCUAAGGUGAGAAAGUUUUGAACUUUUAACCCUUUCUACCCAGAGCUAUCUGGAAUGUUAGUAACUUUUUAUACUGUCAUCAUUUGAAUUUGUUUUGAAGUAUUUCUAAUUUGGAUUUUUUUCCCUCAUAUCUUCUGAGUUGUUUUUACUACAUUUUUUAAUCCUUUAAGAUCCAAAUUGAAGGGAGAAAAACAAUUUAUUACCUAUAACAUCUUUUCUUCUACGUGGAUUAGUCUUGAUUAUUUUUUUUUUUUAAGAAUCCCUAAUGUCUUGUGUUCGUUCAGUUUAAAUAACUGUCUAUUGGGUAAAUCCUCUGAGGAGAAAAGUAGGUAGAUUCAGCCUCUAAACCUUUAAAAUGCCACAUGCUUUUUGCGAUCAGAUUAGUGAUAUGUGCUAGUAUUUUCAGAUGCCUUGCAGUUAAAGGAUUUGGGGAGGUAGACAGUCUCUUGAGGGGUUGCUUUUGUUUCUUAAAUGCAGCACUCCUGAGAUGUUUAAUCAGCCAUUAUGCUGGGCAUUCUCAGACCCCAGGAUACACCUCCCAUGUAAGCAAGGCAUCUGAAAUGAGAAGCCCAUUGUCCUUUCUCUCCUUUUUUUGUUUUUCAGCUGAACAUAUUUAAAGGGGACUGGCCAUAUAAGCAGAAUUCUGUUCUUUACCAUAAUCACUGACCAAAUUACCAAGCACCAAUUCCUGCUGCCACUUUUUAAAGUGCCAUAUUACUUUGACUUGCUGUGAAGGAAAACCCUACCGGUACAUCCACAGCCCCAACCCACAAAUCCAACCUCCCUGAAAUCAGGCCCUGGAAGCUUCUUGGUCUCAGCUCCCUCUUCCUACUUACCUACCCCAUUUGGUCGUGUGUGUGUGUGUGUGUGUGUGUGUGUGUACCCUGGGAUGGAAAGGACUAGCCUCUAAUGCAAAAAAAAAAAAAAAAAAUUCCUUCUUACAGCACACGCACUUCUAAUUCAGUGAUUUGUAUUAUCCUCACACGUGUUUACUACUGCCGGGGCCUUCCUUCAUCCUUCGAGGGCUAUUUUGUACUUCCUGCAGCACUCAGCUUGCUAAGUUACUUACCGCACAUCUCUCUCAUGUAUCUAUUAUAUGAUGGUGUGGAGAAACAUAGAAACACAAGAAAAUACCACUUGAAUUUCCUAGACCAUUACAUUCAGAAUCUAUUCAUUUAAAAAAAAAAAAAACUUUUUUGUGCUAAAGCAAACUGCCCUGCUUUUCUCUUACCCACCUGCAUCUUCCCCAGAGAAAAACAGUGCAGCUGAAAGAAGGCUCAAAGUGUGUAGUCUUUGAGUUGAGUGUUAAUGAUUUUGCAAGCAACCAAGACAGUCCAUUUGGGGGAAAGUCCUUUUUUGUUUAGAGUGAGUACGUGUGUGUGUGUGUGUGUGUGUGUGUGUGUGUGUGUGUGUGUAUGGAUUUUUGUUUGUUUGUUUUGUAUGUUUCAUUGUUUAAAAUAAAUCCUCCUCCAAGACAAACUGUCCUUUCAUCUUUUAAUAUCAAAAGAAAAUGCUGCAAGGAUGCAGGGGGUCUGUGUCAGGAGGCAGAGCACACAGGAAGACAACUUUUUCAAAACCAAGAGUAGAGAAUAGUCAUGUUAAAGUAAAUUAGGGAAAUGUGAUGAAACGGCAGUCCUCAAAGGCGUAACAAGUUCAUCUUUCUUUCACCGUAGGGGUUAUAGUUCUUUGGCUUGUGCUACUCUGGAAUCAUUUUACUGUUUCUGUUUUUAUUCUCUUAUUAUCUUAAGUGCUAAUUAAAAAGAAGAAAUAAAAUUUUAAAAAAAACCUGUAGUUUCAUUACCUUUUUGAAUAAUGUCAUACAAAAAAUGUAUUUGUGUUUUUGUGCUGUGAGAAUUGUUGUUUGUAGAUUAAUAAUACCAUUUUGUUUAAUACUACAAAAUAGUUUUUAAAUACUGUCUGAGAAAAGCCAAAGUUAAUGCAGCCUAGUGGAAACUGUAAGACCAUUUAAGUAUUGUUUGUUUUAUUGAUGCAUUUGGAUUUUGUUGUUUGAUGGAAUUUGAGCCAAAAAAAACAAAAACAAAACAACAACAACGCAGGCUUUCCUAUUUCUACAACUGAUUGUACUUACGCAUUUUGUACCAGUGGAACUUUUUAUACUGGAGAUUAAAAAAAAUGGAAAUUUUUGUGGCUUACUCUUGUGGGCCCCUGACAAUGACUGAUUUCAAGUUUGAUUUCUGGUUGAUCGAAAGAAAGUUGCUUUUCUUUUGAGAAUUAAAAACUUUGGCUUGAUUUCUUUUUUUCCCUUUGCUUAUAUCUAGCAUUAGAAUUUUGUCUUAAAAUACAGCGGUAAGUUUCACUUUUUAUUCUGUAUUGUGCAGUUACACAAUAAGGUAAUUAGAUUUAGAAGUACUCAGUCACUUUAAGUGGAUAAAUGUAUUAGUUAAGCUUUAGGGGUUUGCUUUUUUGCUGUUUAGAUCAAAGUUUUUUCUGAUUCUUCUGUCCUCAUUGUGAACAUAACCGUGUAGUUGAAACAGUCAAACUUAUUUUUGUAAUGUAUGUUAUUGUGUGAUGCGGUUUUUUGCUUCUGUCUCCAAUAUUAAACCAUUUUCCUAAUACUUGUUUCUCUCUCUGCGUGUUGUAUUGUUGGUAGUCAUUAUAUGUUGGUGAUGCAUCUACACACCUCACUGUUUCACGUAUGUUUUUUUUCUAUAUGUUGUGUAAAAAAGAUAACAGUCGAUUCCAGCUAAGUGAAUAUCUGAUUUGAGGAAAGGGAAAACUGCACAUCAGCCACAUUUGAUUUUUGUACACCGCCCACUCUAACCACUGCUUCAAAGACUGACACACUUCUCUAUGGUUCACCUGAAUAACUGCUUACAAGAUGGAUUUGCCAAGGCAAUUGAUGGUCUUUUGACCACACAGGAUCAUUUCACCGCCUCUUCUGACCUCCCCUUCCCCUUGUCCCUCUCUCAUGAAUGAAUAUGAAUAAAUAUAUACAUAUAUAUACAUAUAUGUAUAACAUAUCUUAACAUUCCCUGGAAUCUUCUGCUGCAUAAUCAUAGAAGAGAAAUAGCAGACCCAGAGUCUGUUCUGUCCACUCCCACGUCCAAAGGCACACACCAUAACAGUCAAGCUCAUUUUAGAAACUGGUGACCUUUUCAAAAGAGGUGAACUCUCAAGGGGUGAAAAAAUGUACUACUCUGGUGAAUAGAAGAUGUCUAAAGGGUUAAACUUAGAUCUACGAGUUGCCAUCAGUAAAUGGUAUGUAUAGAAAAGUAAUUCAUUCCUAUGAGGUAACUAAAUCUAGAGUCAACAGUAACUAUUAAAACAGAAAAAAAAAUAUUUCCAAGUGCUCAAAUGGAAGUUCUACUCCAUCUGGAGGGGAAGUGCAGCCUCUCACACUAAGAUCCCCACAGUGUACUUUUCCAAAGGAAAACCCAUAAGGCCAUGUGCACCCACACACCUUCCUGGAGGAAUCCAUAAGGGUAAGCCGUGUGCCCACUAUCACCCAACACCAGUAAUCAGCGAAGAAUUAUUUCUUAUACACCAUCUACAUCUUAAGCUACAGGCCCUCGUCCCUUUUGUGCUCAUCUUCUAUGCUCAGGAAUCUGACUGCUCUUAAAGUGCUCUUAAAAGAUUCCAUCCAUGUUUGUACCUUGUGUCUUCCCUCUCUUUUCAACUUAGACGCACAAGCUCUGUCUGCCUCAGGCCAUCCAGCACCUGGUGCCAAUGAGAUUUCUCCCUGCCGGUGCUCAGGCUCUCUACCCUCUGGUUUCAACUGCCCCAAGAUUGUAUUUUUUAGUUGGGCCAACAAAAGAGGGGCCUGGUGAGGUGGAGGAAAGGCGACUUUCUCCGAGGCCAAACACCUCUGUAGUAGUAACUUCCAUCAGCUCUAAACCUGCACAGAUGGGAGCUGACUUCCUGCCAACACUUCUGCUCUAAAUCUCAUCAGAGCUUUCAUCAAUUUGUCUCUGGAACCCACUGCUUAGAUGGCUAAAGAUGUGAUUUUUCUUUCUUCUCUGGGGAAGAAUGGGGAGGUAUGAUGAGGGAGGGGAGAGUGGGGGAAAAGGGUAAACAAAUUCUUUCCAAGAUGCAAGGAUUUAUUUUUAAAGUAUGUAAGUAAAUAUAACCACCAUUUGGCAUAAGACAAAAUACUCAUGCUAAAUGAAGGGCAAGACAAAGCCAGUUUUUGUUGUUUUAGAAAAAACAACAAAGUAAUUCUCCAAAGAAGAUGAAAAUGCUAGUUUCUUUAAGCACUUAGUGACUGUAAAGUUGACUCCCACUUAAUCUUACAAGUUUGAUGUUGUAAAACACCAUUGCAGUGCGAACAAGGUCUAUUUGCCAUGCAUGGACCACCUUCGGAAAGCACAGAACCAUCGACAUUUCCUUGCUGAUGGAAACCACACACCUGCAGCCUACAGCAGUUACGUGUGGCCCAUGAGCUCGGACUUUAGCUAGCAGGCUAGGAAACACAGUGAACAUAAAUGUACUGUGAAUCAUUCCUGAUAAGUGAAUAAAAUAUUGUGACCAAACAAUCAGCUUAUUCACUUAUCAGGAAUCGACUGUUCUGCUAACUCACUGUUUUUGUUUUUCAUUUCUGUUGUAGUUCACUAUUUUUGCUGUGUUCUGUUUUCUUCUCUCAUGCUUGGGCAAAAUCACUGGGAAUAUUAUCUUACAUGUGACCAUGAAACGUUUAUAUCGAGUGAAAAUGAUAUCUUAACAAAAUCUAUGCACUUGCUAUCAGGAACACAAUACUGGAUGUGUCUUAUAUAUAUUGAACUAUAUAGUACUCGAUUUCUUAAAUAAAGCUUAAGAAAGGA